AUGGCGGGUGACUGGUCGGAUCUCCCCUCGCAUCUGCUCGAACUCAUCGCAUUUAGAUUACCCAUCGCUGACCCGAUCGAUUUCCGCGAAACAUGUCCGUACUGGGGCAGUGUCGCCGUCCAACUCCUGGGAAGUUUCCAGCCGAGGAUCGGCAUCCCGUGGCUGAUGAUCACGGACCAGACACGUCCCGACUUAUGCGGCUUCUUCAUGCCGCAGCGGCAGAGCUUCUACGAGUUCCCCUUGCCGGAAGUGCGGGCCAAGAGGUGCUUGUCCUCGCGUGGUUGGAUUAUGACGAUCGGAAGAGACGGGGACGUCGAGAUGUUCAAUCCUAUAUCUCGCGAGCGCCACCCUGCUAAACUCUCGGGCUUUAAGGACUGGGGCGGCGAAAAAGGCCCCAUCACCAACACUCGCAUCUGUACAUGCGUGCUCUCGGCGUGCCCCUUUUCGCCCGCGAAGUUUGAGAUCAUGGUUCUCUGCGAUGCCAACCGGCGGCUUGGGACAUGGAACUACCGAAACCAAGCGUGGACCGUGGUAAGCCCCUACAGGAUAUACAUGGACCUAAUUUACCACAAAGGCAGCUUCCUAGCCAUGGACGCGGGGGGAAUGAUUAGGGCGUUCGACGUGAGACAAGACGGACUGAAUCCCGAUACAGAUGGCCGUGUCGUGGCGCGGAGGCCGCCCGGAUUGGUCGACCUCGAGCACUUCAAGAAGCAUUAUCUCGUUGAGUGCCGCAGAUCGUUGUUGGUGGUCUCCCAAGAAUGGCAACAAGGGUCCCGGUUCGUGACCUCCCGUUUUCGAGCCUUCUUGCUCGACUUGGAAGCGAACACUUGGACCAAGGUCGACAGCUUGGGCAAUGCAUCUCUGUUUCUGGGUCUCGACUCGUCUUUCUCCGUGGAGGUUAGCGAUCAACAUCGCGGUAUCGAGCCCGACUGUAUAUACUUCGCGGACGAUCGUAUGUGCAAGCAUGCCUGA